CCUGGAAUCACCAUCUUCAUGCUCCCCCACACAUAUGCCUUCAUCAACACCCCAAUUCUCAAUUACCAAAGUGUCUCGAGUAUCGAUUCUUGAUCUGCCGCCCGAGAUCCUCGGCCAAAUUUUCCAGGUCUGCUUGCAAGACUCGCGACACACCCUCACCGCCAUUCUCCUCACCUGUCAGCGGUUCUACCCCCUCGCCCUUCCCAUUCAGUAUCACGACCUCAAGCUUUCUUUCCCCUGCCAACCACAAGUCAUAUGUCUGCACCGCACCUUGCAAUCAAACCAGGCAUUGGCCUUACUUGUCCGGUCUUUGGUCCUGGAUCUUAGGCCGAUAUACCCCGCUGAAUACAUUACAAUCGACGACUAUACGGCGGCAGCCGAUGUCCUCACCUGGUGUCGCGCGGUCCGCAUCCUGAAGAUCUGGGGCGUGGCGUUCCUCGCGCCUAAGGACAGGACCUACUCACGGACUAAAGCUGUGUCGGGCCAGAUUAUUGACCUUAGUCGUUGGGAAAUUCUUAAAUAUGCUCUCCGGCAGCUCCCUUCCCUGAGGCGGAUCGAGCUGGCAACUGAACCUGAUUCGCCCGUCUAUGGGUUUGAUUGUUGCUUCGACUGUCGGCUACACGGGCAAGAGGAGUUACAAAGAUUGCCGGGCACUGGCAGGAAAGUCUUUGAAGCGAUCAACGAGAGGGCGCGCAAGCGUGGUGACGCAAUACAGUCUGAUCUCAUUACUUUCUGGCCCGUGCCGGUACAGAGUGAUGUGAUCGAGCGACGUCCCAACCCCGGCGACCCGGUCGACUUUUGCAUUGCAUUCGGAUCAGGAUACGCGACUGAGAUGGCCACAGAAGCAAUCGUCGACAAAUACCUCUUCUCUGCCUGGUUGAAGGCGCAUUCGUAUGUGCUCCGACGUAUAAUUCUCGGACAUUCUCCACUGGCUGCCGAGUUUCAUGCGGCGCGGUCGCGCGACCUGCGCACAGUCACCUGUCCCGGGUCCCAGGAACGAUUUGGUUCUCCUUCGACGAUAGCCGAGCAGGUUCUCCCAACCGUGCCCACAUUUGUCUGGAACCUGUCCUUUCAUGAGAUGGCAUGCGAAGAUUUCGGGGAACGGGAAGAGGACUGGCUGCGGGGACUGGCCAAAUUCAUUGCCGUCGCCACGUCGGACCUUCACCCGGCGCUGCGGACGAUUCAGCUCAACCUCGACCCGGACCCGCAUCAUUUCCUGCCCACCAAUCCGGAGGAGUAUCCAUGGGACCGGAUCACACGAUUGGAGCAGGAGCUGCGGGUAUUGGGGUUGGAAUUGAAGUAUACACCUCCGAGUGUCACUCGAGAAGAGUAUGAAGAGCUUUGCCGCGUGAGUCAGAGGAUCGACGAUGAAAGGAGAGACACGGCCAUAGCCUAG